AUGAAUGAAGAAGAAACUAUUUUUGUAGAAAAUUCGUCCUUUUCACUUCCAUAUAUCCAAGAUGGCGUUUAUGGCCUGGGUGAUCUUUGGGAUUGCAAUCUUUCCAAACGCGUCGGGUUUAAUUUAUUCACCGAAAAUUUUACAAAAGACCACUUAAUUAUUCGUCCACUCAAAAAACUUGAUUACCGCUUGACACAUGUUAAAUGCACAGAGGACAAAUUUGAAGCGUUCAAAAUUGAUGCCCUAUUAGGUAUUGAACUACUACCUGACAUUAUCCGUAUAGAAGGAGAAGGUCAUUAUGGUGCUAUGUCAGCUAAAAGUUCGAAUGAAGAGCAGUUAAUUUGUCAAUAUAAUCUAGAUAAUUAUUUAGUAGAAUUGCUUCCUCAAGCAAAAGACGUAAUGGAUGAUAUCGUUGUUAGAAGGCUUCUUGAUAAACAGCUUAAAGCAACGCAUGUCGUACGUGGCAUAAUUUUAGGUGCAGAAGUAAACGCAGAUAUAAGGAUUAGACAACGCGAUACUUCAAACAGUAGAUCUAUUAGAGGCGGUUUCGUUGGAAAAAUUCCUUGUGGCAUCGUGAAUGCAUCUUUGAAAGCUAGUCUAGAAAUGCUAGACUCAGACCAAGCCAACAAUUAUGAUAAGCAAAUAACAAUCCACUCCAAGCCUCAAAUGAGACAACAACCAACAACCAUAAAUCAGAUGUUCAAUUUGAUUGAAAAUGUAGAAGAAACCUGUAUUUCAGGAGAACAACAUUUCAAGUUUGUCGGUUUGGACAUUACUGGUGUACCCAUUCGAUUUAUGCUUGUGCCAAUCACUCAAUAUAUUGAAAUGAAUGUAGAAAAGCUUUAUAAGCAACUGCAAGAAAAUAUUUUUGAAAAUUUCCGUGGUAUGCUCAUGGCGCUUAAAGAUUUUCAGUCGUAUGAAUACAUCAGGGAUCGCGUGUUGAAAAUUGAAUAUCGUUUACAUAGAAUUUUAUCUGAUCCUCAAUCCAUGCUUUCAAUGAGAAUCUUAGAAUACCAAGAGGAACUAAGAAAAAAUACAAAGAUAUAUUUCGAACGAGCGUGUAAUACUUUGAAAAACUACAAGAAUGCAAAAAGUAAUUCUGAAGAGCUUCUUGAUAUCAUACAUGAAUAUAACUCAGGCAAUUUCAACAUCUUAAAGGUGUAUGAAAAGGUUGAGUCUUUUGUAGAAUAUGGAAAACAUGAACUCAACGGUAUACAUGAAAAAGACGCGACAAUUAUGGAAGUCGACAUUAACUUCUUCACUAGUUAUAACGUUUUGAAUGAAUGGUUGGGGUCAGGCACUAAUAUCAAGAUACUACUGCGAACUGGUGGGAACUUAUCCGGUGAUUUUCCGAGCGGAGCAUUUAACCAUUUGUUCGGGAUCUGCAAUGCUCUACAAAAGCGAAAAAUCGAUGUUGGAAUAGUUUUACCAAGUAUUUCAGAAAACUUUUCCUUAGAAAUUAGAGAUCACCGAAUAAUGCGUUAUAAAGAGAUGGAAAUUCCUCACGUCCUCGGAAUUUUGAGCGCAGUAGUAGGCAUGGGUAAACCUAUUGAAAGUCGUUUUUAUAUGCUCAAUGCGUCACGUUUUAAUAUCCAAUUGCCGCUUGAGAUAGAAAAUUUUCCUGAUUUAAAUGAUCUAGUGUCUUUGUUACGAACCAAAUAUAAAGUUUAUUUAGCACAUUCUUAUAUAGAUACUCUUCAAAAGAUCAGAUGCACUAACCAAGGAAAUAUUCAAUGGAAAUUUUUCAUUGCAUUAGAUGCACUUGACACUGCACUGGACGCAGUUCAAGAAAUUGCGAAUUUUGCAUCUAGCAAAAACUUUUUAGAAGUCGAAUGGAUCAUUGGUGAUUCGGGUAUUCCAGAUUUACAUGCAGCACCACUCUUAUUCGUUUUUCAGUUUGCAGAGAUUAAAGCUGUGUGUUUAGAUAAACUUGAUAUUCUAAUUCUUGACCAGCUUUUUUCAAACAAUAAUCCAAAUUUUUCUGUUCUAUCGCCUACUUCCCUCCGUUACUCACUUUAUCCUGAUCGAUCUCGGUUUGCAAUAGAAUUUAUUAAAAUGGUAAAUCAAGCUAGUAUGCACGAGUUAGAUUCCAUUGAACUUAGAAUGCCAUCGUUUAAUCAAGUUCCAGAUCAAAGCCUGAGCGACGCGCUUAUUAUCAUCCGUAGUGCACUUUCAGGGAAAGACCUGGACGCAAUUUCGUCGAUGGCACAUCUUGUUCUAAAAAAUAAUGAGGGACUGAGUAAUCUCCUGAUAAAACAUGAAUGGAGUAAUGUAAAACGUAAAUUUAGCAACAGAAUAAUAAAUAUAGAAAGUUCAAAAUUAUUAUGUAAAGAAUUGCAAGACUGGUUAAAAUUACGAAAUCCAUUUUUGGCUAAAGUCGUGGCUGCAAAAGCAGUCAUUGAACAAGUAAAUAUAGAUGAUGAGAAUGCUAAAUCAAAAUUUACGGAAGCCAUUAAUUUAGUUUCAAAUGAUAAGUAUUGUUCAGAUGAUAUUAAACAGAAAUUUGAUAGUUGGAAAGAGAAUAAUUUUAAAAAUCAAUGUGAUGGAGUCACAAAAAUACUGGAUGAUCUAUAUGUCGGAUUAAUUAACAAUGAAACAUUCCACGUUUUAUCUUUGAUUUCAUUAUUAAAACCUAUAUCCCAAUCGCGAGAUAUAGAAUUUUCUAAGGUUCUCAGAGAUAAAAUUCUUCCAAUUUAUAUUAACAGAUUGUCAAGGCGAGAAUAUCCAUAUUAUAAUGACCGUUGGGAUGAAAUUGUUGAUUUAAAAUCGAACCCAAAAUCUAUUUCUCUAUUAUCAAAAUUGAAUUAUGGUCCGCAAUUAUAUAAACUGCAUGAUAAAUUAUAUAAAAUAGACAGUAUUAAUGACAAAAUUAACAUUAAACAUUAUUUGAUGUUGUUAUCGGGAGAAGAUUUUAAAGAUGAACAUAAAGAGCAUCUCUGGCGAAAUUCUAGGUUUGUCUAUCUAGUCCAACGUGUGAAUCUGAAUAUGUCAUUAGCUACAUUGUUGUUGCCGAAUUUAAAUGAUAAAGUUUAUCCCGAUUACAUACCUCUGGAUAUCCAGGAACACUUGAGAGAACUUUGUGAAAGAGAAAAGUUUUCGAUGGAGGAAUUGUGUAGCGUCGAUAAUACAAUAAAAUACUUUGAAUGGGUAUUAGAUCGAGAUGAAAUACCAGAAGAAUUUCGAACGCUACUUGAAGGAUCAAUUUCAAAGCACAAUGUUCUGGAGAUGUCUUUAAAGUCUGCCAAUGUAUUGACUGACAAAAACUGGAAGUCAGAACAAAAAAUGCUUACUGAAGCUUGGGAUCAAGAAACAAUUAGAUCAUCACUUAAACGACUUAACCAGUGGAAAGUAAGAAAUUUGACUGACGAACAGCCAGAUAUGCAAAAAAUCCCAAAUAUUAAUAUUCCUCAUUAUUCAGAAGUCCCAUCUGAACAUGAAUAUGAUGACAAGACAUUGAAAGUGCACAAAAACUAUCAACCGCCAAUAGGUGAAACGAUAGUCGUGAUUACGCCUAAAGAAUAUGCCAAAAUAUGCCAAAUAUAUCAGCCUCCAAAUAUCUCUGACACACAGUUAGUUGGCUGUAUAAAUGAGGCAUUACCUUACAUUAUCCAAAAGAUUAAGAUGUGGGGAUGCAAUGCACUUACAUCAAGUAAUAUUUCAAGACUAGUUAAAAAACCUAAGAGGGAGCCUUCAUUUACUGCAAAAUCCAAAAAGCCCUCGUUUUUCGAAACAUCGAAUUUAUACUUUGGCAAUGUAUUAGAUAAAACAACCAUUUCACCAUUAAAUAUUUCGGAACAUAAUAAAAAUCCAUUGUCUCGAUUUGAUUGUAUUAUUAGCCUGCUCAGUUCAGCAGAAUGUACUGUGGCUCAGGAUAUUUUACGAAUAAUGGCUAAAUUUCCAAUGGCUCUACCUCUAGUAAUGCCCGACAUUGAGCAGGAAAAUGAAUUUAAAGUGAUGCUUCCACUCCUUACUAGUCCCAUAAUCAAGUGGGAGGUGAAAUCUGGUGUGAUCGUUGAAAAUCAUCUUUUUGUAAGUCCAUUCAGACUGCUUGUCGCCCUUCGACUUGGUACAAACUCUCCGUCAGGGAAAAGUACAAUCCUUAAUCAAUUAAUGGCUACUGAACACAUGUUUUCAUCAAGUGGCGAACCUGGUGCAUCACGAGGCCCACCAUAUACACUUCCUGGAAGUGUAGAAUUUACAUGGCUUACUCAAGAAACUUGUAGUGACAGUUUAUGGAAGAACGUCAUGGAACCUUAUUACGCAAGAAAAAUGCAAGAGAUCGUGUUACUAGCGAAUUUGCACGGUGAUGCAUUAGAGUAUAAAGAACAUAUUAAAUGGCUAGAUCAGAUUGCUUCCAGUUUUUUAGUCUUCAUUAUGCCAAAUGCUGGAAAGUCAGAGUGGGAUCAAUUGAACAAAAUUUUAGACCUUGAAAAACUUGUCUAUGUUAUGGUAGAUCCCAAAUAUGAUGAAGGUAAUGUUAUUGAAACUCAACGGUUGACGAAUGACGAUACGUUGGAAAUAGUGCGAUCUAUGUUUAAUGAAGCCCUUAACUCUAAUUUAUCAACCCUUGAUCUUAGCAAGGUCACCUACAAAAUGCCGUUAAAAUUGGCAGAAAAUAUUGACUGCCCUGAAUCUCAACGCGUUAUAAACUUUAUUAAAAGUCGAUCCUGUCAUGAAACAAAAAAGAUUAUGAAGCUUCAAAAACAAUUUAAAGCUACAAACCAAGAUCAAUAUGAUGAUUUACUAAAAGGGUUAAUGGAGGACUAUGGAAGGGUCUUGACUUUACCAAUUAGAGAAAGGAGAAGAGCUUUGGCCCAUUUGGAGCGAGAUCUUUAUAAAAUUUCGGCAGAAGAGUCAUCAGAAGCUCGAAAAGAAGUUUUAUCAUUAAAGGAAGAGCUUAAAUGUAUAAUUGACCUAACAAAUAAAAAUAAAGGCCAAAUACGAGGAAUUAAGAAUCGAAUUAACUAUGCUUUAGAACAAGUUGACAGUGUGAGUUUAGGCUUGGAACAUUUCUUUCGUGAACUUGGGCAAAUAUAUGAAAUCUCUUUUAAAAAGCCAGACAAUAAUAUUAUUUUAGGAUUACCCAAAUUUUAUACUGAGCUGUUUAUUGAUAACCGUGCUAUUGAGUUAAUUGACGGUGAUGCUGGUGAAAUGCCAGGUAUUUGGUUAUCCGCCAUUUUCAAAGAGAUCGAUGUAUUAUUUCCCAAUUUACGCAUUUUCGUUGUAUCAAUACUUGGCCUACAAUCGUCUGGAAAGUCCACCCUUUUGAAUGCCCUUUUUGCCUGCAAAUUUGCAGUCUCAGUAGGUCGUUGUACUCGAGGUCUUUUUAUGAGGUUACUAUUUUUGGAUGAAAAACUCCGCGAUAAAAAUAAAGUGGAUGCAAUUCUUCUAAUUGAUACGGAAGGUCUUGGUGCUCCUGAAAAGAUAAAUGACGAUCAUGCAGCACAGAGCGAUAGGCUACUAGCAACAUAUGUAAUGGAAAUCUUGCAAAUUGCAAUUGUUGCAAUGGCGCGCCUGGAAAAAGCUGAAAUUGUGCCUGAUAUAUUUAUGAUACAACACCUUACUGAAAGAAACACAGAAAAAACCGCUUCAGGACAAAUUCAAUUUUGUGAAGCUCUUCAAAAUGCCCUAAACUUUACAGACGAUAAGGAUACCGAAAUGGGUAUUACAAAUUCAAGUUGCCUAAAAGAAAUAAAUAUGAGAAUUCAGAAAGGAGAUUUUCUCAAACAAUUUCGUCCAUUCAAAAAUGGUGCAAGCCCUUACGCUCCUCCGUCAGAACAGUACCAUGAAGACGUGACCAAGCUAUAUGAGAGCAUACUUGACGCCUGUAGACAGCCGCAUAACAAAAUAACGUUUAAGAAAUGGUAUACGCUCGCUAGAAGUUAUUGGGAGUCUGUUAAAAAUGAGCAAUUUGCUACACAAUUUAAAAACAUCAAGGAAAUGUAUGAGUUUUUAGAACGGUCCGAAUUAAUUGCAAAAGUAAAAGAGGCUGUUAAUGCAGCUUUUCGUGCACAUGCCAAAGAGUGCAUGAUGAUUAUUCGAUCAAAAAUUUCAUCCUGGUCACAGGAAAAUGGAUUUAACAAAAUGCAAGCUGUAAAAGGUAACGUACGUGAAAAAUGCAAGCAAGACGUUGAAGAAGAAUUAGCGAGGGUACUAAUAAGUUUAAAAAGAUUGGAUGGUGGACACUGUCAAGAAUGUGAAAAUGCGUUAAAUUUACAAACACAACUCAUUCAAAGUCUUGACGCUAGUAUCAUUCAAACUGGUUGUACUACAGAGUUCAUGACUGAGAUUAUAAAGAGUUUAAAAGAAAAAUUGCGGCCAUCUGAGCAAUUUGAUGAAAAAGAGUGCAUGAACAUUUUUGAAGAAAUUUGGAAUAAUUUAUUGAAAAUUGCAAACAACAAAAACAACGUAUUACCAAUCAGAACACGAAUUACAAGAGAAGUGGAAGAAGAAUAUAAGCAUGUAUCAAUUGUUCGCCAACAAUUUCAACAAUUAAUAGAUGAGAUUGAUGAAACUGAUGAUAUUGAUCAACAAGGUACGGAUAAUAAACAGACAAUGCUGAAGAAGAUUGGUAAAUUCGUUCUUAAAACUCUCCAAUUAAGCAAAACACCGAAAUAUCAGGAAAUAAAAGAAGUACUUAGUGAAAAACUCCGAGGGUUACCUAAAAAAAUAAUGAAAGAGAAAAGCGCUGAUCACUUUGAGAGUGGGAUGGUAAAGGAGCUUCAAAGCCAAGUGAACACGCUAAUUGAAGAUUUCCAAAAUAAGUAUUUCGUGCUUAAAGAAGCUCAAUGGUCAGUUCACGUGGAUGCCUUAAAACUCUUUUAUGAUGAAAUGGUAAUGGCUCAACAUAAGUGGGAUGAGAAAAAUAAUCCGCUUAUGAUACUUGAAAAAAGGAAAGAUACAUAUAGAACUUUUAUAAUCUAUCGGCUUCAGCACGGCUUUUCAUUUGCUUCUAAUGGUGCUUUUGCUGCAGAGUAUUUACACGAUAAAAUAAAGAAAAAGGCUGUGAAAAGCGCUAACGAUGAAAGAAAACGGUUAGUGCUUGCAAUCAGUUGGCUAAAUAGUACCACACAUGCACGGAUCAAAUAUUUUAAACAGCUUGCUGAGAAAGUUAAAAAUUACAAAUUUUUCGAUGCUCUUAAUCACUUUUCGAAUCCGAAAUAUAGCAUUGAAUAUUGGUUUAAAGAAAUAGUCGACAAAUGUUAUCCUGAUGUUCCACAAACAGCAUAUAGCAAGACCUUUGAAAACGAAUUUAGUCACGUCAUAAAUGAAAUUGAGACUCAUUCAACUAUUUCAGAAAUUUUAAAUUUUAUUAAGAAAUACUUAGAUGAACCUGAAAGUGUUGAAUUCAAGGCGAUUGAAGAGGCAUCUGAAGAGGAUGAGAUAGAUAUAGAUUUGUUUCGUGACAGUAUGCUGAAAAUAUUAAGAGCUAAGCGAAAAGAAUGCAUUUUAAUAAAACCUGAAGACUUCUGCAUGCCAUCAGCAUACGAAGAAAUAAUGGAAAAACUUGGCUGUACACAUUCAUGCUUUUGGUGUGGUGCUCUAUGCUGGGGAUCGCGUGGACACGAAGACAAUAAUGAUGAUACAAAAUUGCAUCAUACGUGCCACCAGCCGCAAGGUCUUAGAGGAACACAUGAAAUAACUAGCAAAAAAUUACGCGCAUGGCCAUGUCAUCGAGUUGAUGAUAACACUGGGUGUAAAUGGGGAGAAAUUAAAUAUUAUGUGAAAUGGAGUGUUGCAAAAAAAGAACAUUUUCCUGAAUGGGUCUUCCUCCCGCAUCAUAAAACUAUAUUCAACAAUCUAAUGUGUUGGUUCUUCCAAGAAUUGCAUAAGAAAAUAGCACAUAUGGGGGCACUUCUUCCAGCGGAUAGAGAUGAAAUGCAAAAAUAUGAGUGCGUUGGCUUGGAUUGUCAGAAGAUUAUAAAUGAAUUAAGUAUUGAAAUUGGAGACUUUCCAUCAGUUAAAUAA